GGCGACGUGGUGGAGCCCGCCGCUGACUGUGAUAGAAUGGAUACGAAGAGAUUGAAAGGACAAAUGGAAAGCAGUCCAACUUUUUCUCUGCUCUGAAUUACUGUGAGAGCAGCUUCCAUAAUAUCAACUUUUGAUUAGAUUCCCAUUCGUUUUCGAAGAGAAAGCAAGAGUUAGAUCUCUUCUUUUCGGAUCCAGAUGCAAACAAAAUUUUCAAGUUGAAUCAAGAUACUCUCGGCUACUCUGGUGCUGAAACGACAUUCGAAAAAUUCGAGUCAAUCAGGUUCAAGGCUGACUCGAGUCGAAUCUUGUUGCGAAAAUGGCAAUGGAUCAUACUGUAAAAGUGAUUCUAGGCUCAAUUGCCUUUGCAACGUUCUGGUUAUUAGCUGUUUUCCCUGCUAUCCCAUUUCUACCAGUUGGGAGAACUGCAGGGUCUCUCCUGGGGGCAAUGCUAAUGGUCGUGUUCCGAGUCCUAACUCCAGAUCAAGCGUAUGCGGCCAUUGAUCUCCCAAUACUUGGUCUUCUAUUUGGGACAAUGGUAGUAAGUGUUUAUCUUGAAAGAGCUGAUAUGUUCAAGUAUUUGGGUAAGGUGCUGUCAUGGAGGAGCAAAGGAGCAAAGGAUUUGAUUUGUCGAGUGUGUCUGAUAUCUGCAAUUUCAAGUGCUUUCUUCACCAAUGACACGUCGUGUGUGGUUUUGACCGAGUUCGUUUUGAAAAUUGCUAGGCAACAUAAUCUUCCACCUCGUCCCUUCCUUCUUGCCCUUGCAUCAAGUGCAAAUAUUGGUUCUUCAGCCACACCUAUUGGCAACCCCCAAAACUUGGUGAUAGCUGUUCAGAGUAAAAUCCCUUUUGGAGAAUUUGUGGUUGGAAUACUCCCAGCUAUGCUUGUUGGUGUUGUUGUAAACGCUUUAAUUAUUCUUAUCCUAUAUUGGAAAUUGCUAUCUGUUCAAAAGGAUGAAGAAGAUCCAUCCUCAGAAAUUGUAGCAGAUGAAGUUGUUCUUUCUCAUAGAUUUUCACCUGCCAGAUUGUCACACACACAAAUUCCAUCCCUUAACUCUCCGGAAUGGGAAUCUCGGUUGGAUUCGAUGAACGCAAAUGUCGAAACUCAAAGAUCAGUAAGUUCAAAAGAAAAUGAAAUCCACAGGUCUCAUAGUGCUUUGACAGAGUCGGCAAGAAUAUCAGAUGCAUCUUCUCAGAAAAGGGAAGAAGGGUUUUCUUCUAAGAGCCUAAACUCAAUGGAUAAACAGAAAGAAUCAGUCUCUUUGCAGUCCUCUGAAGAAAAGGAGCAUUGGAGCACAAAGUGGAGAAGGAUUGCAUGGAAAUGCUGCGUUUAUCUUGUGACUAUAGGAAUGCUUGUUGCUCUGUUGAUGGGGUUGAACAUGUCAUGGACUGCAGUGACUGCUGCACUCGCUCUUGUGGUUCUUGAUUUCAAGGAUGCUCAGCCAUGCCUAGAAAAGGUUUCCUAUUCACUUUUAGUGUUCUUCUGUGGGAUGUUUAUGACGGUUGAUGGGUUCAACAAGACUGGACUGCCAAGUGCUUUUUGGGAUUUCAUGGAGCCGCAUGCUCAGAUUGAUCGUGUUUCUGGGAUUGUUGUGCUUGCUCUUGUCAUACUAUACCUCUCAAACUUGGCUUCAAACGUGCCUACUGUUCUACUGCUUGGAGCACGUGUCGCCGCGUCGGCUGCUGCGAUAUCUCCAACGGAAGAGAAACGGGCAUGGCUGCUUUUAGCUUGGAUCAGUACUGUGGCUGGAAAUCUCUCAUUGUUAGGCUCAGCUGCCAACUUGAUUGUGUGCGAGCAGGCUCGUCGCACUCCACAGCUAAGCUACAAUUUGUCCUUCUGGAAUCAUCUUAAGUUUGGAGUUCCCUCAACUCUCAUUGUCACUGCCAUUGGUUUAGUUCUUAUAAAGUGAUUUCCUUUUGUUUUUUUCUUGCUUUCUUUUAUGAAUGGUUAGAAUUGUAGAUUUCGUUUGAAGUUCAUCUAUAUAGAUAUGAAGAGUGUUUCCUUGAUAAAAGUCUGUACAAAUUUAUGUAUCACACAAUUGUUCCAGAUAUGGUUGAGUUGAGAAUCGAAAUGAAUUGAUAACUACCCAUUUUUUAA